AAAUAUGCUUUGGGAAAUCAAAUCUCUUGUCAUUAAUUUAGAAAAAAGUUACAAUUUAAUAUUGACAUCAUGUGUUUCAGAAGUACAAUUUUCUUUUUAUUUCUAGGAUUUUGUCAAAUAAGUUAUGGUAAAUAUGGUUUUCGGGGUGAACAAGAAUGGGGUUUCGUGACUGUCAGACCAGGCGCACAUAUUUUUUAUUGGCUUCAUUACACCACUGCUAAUGUUUCGUUAUAUACUGAAAAACCCUUAAUUAUUUGGUUAGAGGGAGGUCCUGGAGUAUCAUCAACCGGUUAUACAAAUUUUAAGGAAAUUGGUCCUUUGAAUUUGGAUCUGACAAAUAGAUCCAACUCAUUGGUAAAAGAUUACAACAUAUUAUUUAUCGAUAAUCCAGUGGGAACUGGAUUUAGUUAUACAGAUUCUGAUGAUCAGCAUGCUAGAUCUGAUCAACAAAUUGCAAAUGAUCUUCUUAUUUCCAUCGAGAAAUUCUUGAAGGAAUUCCCUUCUUUCUCUAAUGUAUCAACUUAUGUUGUUGGUCAAUGUUAUGGAGGCAAAAUUGCUGUACUUCUUGCUUCUAAAUGGCUGCAGAAAAUAAAAAGUGGAUGGAAUAUAAGUAAUUUUAAGGGAAUAGGAAUUUCAAGUGCUUGGAUUUCACCAGUUCAUUCUGUUUUAUCAUGGGCACCAUAUUUAUUCGAAAAUAGAUUAAUUGAUAAUGACGAUUACAAUGUUAUCAGAGGUUCAGCAUAUCAAGCAUACUUAAGUACACACAUUAAAGAUUGGAAUGGUGCUAACAAUCAUACGCACUCUACUAUUAGUAACAUUAAGAAUAUUAUAAAAAAUGUUAACUUCUACAACAUAUUAUCUAAAGUAGAGCACAGAAAUUUCAGUCCAUAUGUUGAAGAUGAAAGCCAAUUGCAUAGCUUAAUGGAAACGCAAGUAAAGUCAGCGCUCAAUAUAUCUGAAAAUAUACAUUUUAAUGUGGAUGACUAUCGAGUUUAUGAAUUUCUUAUUUCACAAUUGAUGAGACCUGCUAUAAAAGAAGUUGAGUAUCUUCUGAGACAAUCAAAUUUUAAAGUAUUUGUUCUUAGUGGAAAAUUGGAUUUAUUAGUCAACAGUAAAGGUACUGAACGUUGGAUUGAAAAUCUAAAAUGGGCAAAUUCAUCUGAAUGGUUAAAAAUCAAGAGUUCACAAUUGAUAGUAAACAAAACAAAUGAAGGAUAUGUAAAGACGUGUGGUAACUUUAGAAUGUACUCGGUCAACAGAGCGGGACACUUGAUUGCAGUUGACAAUCCUGCAGCAACAAGAAAAAUUUUAAGUGAUCUGACUAGCGACGAUUUAUCUAAUUAACAUAAUAUAAAAUUUUAGUAUACAUAUUAAGUUACGGUGUAAUUUAAUUUAAAUUAUUUUAGAUAUUAAAUUGUUAAAUUUA